AACUCAUCUCAGAAGAGCGGAAGAAUUCAGAACUAUAAGGGGUUUUUUGCUGCUCUUGAAACAGAUAUUCUCUUAGGCGUGUAGCCCAUUGAUCGGUGGACAUGGAGAAGCUGAUGGUGUUUUGGCUUCUGUUUGCGGGGCUGAAUUUCGCUCUGGCCGCAGAUAUACCGCAAUACUUAAUGGAGGGCGGCAAACUGACGCUGGAAUUGAGGCCUCCAUCUUCUGAACCGAUCAGCUACAUCCUGUGGAAGUUCGAGGGUAACCUGCUGGGUGAAUGGGUGAAAGAUGUAGUUGACUUGACCUAUUACAACACCUUUCAGGGCCGCACAACCCUGGACACAAACACUGGACGUCUGGAAAUCAGCAACAUGACUAAAGCUGACGUUGGGUUGUAUUCAGUGGAGAUCAACAACAAGCUCCAGCCUGAUCAAUAUAAGGCUGUGUUAAUCAAAGCAGUCACCCAGCCUAAGGUAUGGAUAGCACCCUUGACAUGUGGCUCUUCGGAGAGCUGUACCGCGACCUGUGAAGCAAACACCACAGAUGCUGGACCCGUCACCUACAGCUGGAAGAUGGGAGACGGAGAGUGGAAGGAGUCGGGGAAGACCAUAGACAUCACCAAGGCUGACACUGCGGAUGUGAAGACCUUCACUUGCCGGGUAAAGAACCCACUCAAUGAGAAAGAAAGUGAACCCCUCGUGAUUCUGUUCUGUCAAAGAAACCCUCCAGACUCUGAUCUCUGGAUAAAGAUUUUAGGGGCUGUGAUGAGAUCCCUGGCAAUCUUGGCCCUCUUGGGGACUGUUACCUACUUGGUGUGGUGGAAACGAGAGACUGUCAGGAAACUGUUGUGUCCAUGUUUAAAAGGUGAUGAUAAUGCAGCUUAAAGUGGAGGAUCGCCUUCAUUUCCCGUCAGCAGCCAUCGAGAAGGAAUACGGUGUGUUUUUACUCAACUAUAAAAUUAAAACUUGAAUGCAAGACUUUUUUUAUUGCUUUAAAACCGCUUUGCAUAAGUUCAUGCUCAGUGCUGACUGAUUCUAUUAACCAUCUAUCAGAAGUCAUUUAUCCAUUUACCAUGUUGUUCCGUCUUGUUUGGACACUGGUGCCUGCUUGCUAACCAGCAAUAUUGUCACGACUGCAACUGUAUUGACAUAUUGUUAUUAAGAUGUUGGGAAACUGAUUAUAACUCAGUGUAAAAGAGUUUCCUUGAAUAAGUGUGUGUCUGUGUAAAGUCUUGCAAUA